UGCAGUCAUUCUUUAUCCUUAAAUGGUGAAAAAAAAUUUAAUCUUUGUGAUCUGAUAUUUUCUGUAAGUACUGAACUGGAUUCCCAAGAUCUCAUGUAAAAUGGAAAGAACAGCAUUGGAUGAAGGACCAGAAACCAGGUCUUUCAGGUUAGGUUUCUCUUUCUCACCUUGGCCCAGGAAAUCUGAAUUUCUGUUUGGAAAGUGUUGUCAGGCAGGAGCAGAUUCCUCAUCCCCACACAGGGCAAGGACAGAGGGCUCAGACCCACAGCUCCCACCUCUGGGUCUGCCGUGUGCACACCUGCUGAGUGCACUCCCAGUGCCUGCUCUGUUCUGAGUGAAGGCCCCAUUUUGUGCCAAGCUGUCUGCAUGCUGUACUGUACUGAGCACCUGGGUUGUGCAGAGCUGGAGCUGACACAUCUCACUGCUUGAAAAGAGCGCGGCCAUGGGUGUGCAUGGGAACUGCAGAGUGCCCAGUGGUUGUCGAGCUCAGUGACACAUUUCUUGGAUAACUGUGUGCUGAUGAUUUGAGAAAACCAUGUGUGUGUUGAAAUAUACUGGAAUGGUUAAGAGGUGAAUUGUGUACUUGAAAAAAAGUCAGCACAGUUGGGGAUGUAGCAUGGAUGCUUCUGCCUCUCACAGACCUCUGACACUGGCUCCUUUCUGUAGGAAGCCCAGCAAAGAGGGGAGUGUGAGUCACUGGUGAGAGUAAGAUCUGUUGAGGCAAGUUCUGUUUUCUCAUUGUUUUGAAGGGUCUGAGGGAAACAGAGGAGUGUCUUAGAGCUGCCGUCCUGUGUGAGCAGUAGGUCUGUGCUCAGCCGUGGGCUGUAGGCAGGGUCAGCACAGUGCAAGUGUAAAUGCUGUCUGGUCCUGAGCACAGGGCUGACGCAGGCUUUUUGCUUCUCCUAGCUCUUAAACCAGAAGCUUUCUCCAUUUCUAUUUUCAAGGAAAUUUUUCUGGGAAGGGAAGAAGGCUGGUGAGCUGCAUGGCACCAUCCUUAGAGACUGUGACAAGCGCUGUGGUUAUUUCAGAGCUGGGGCAUGCUGUCUGCAAACCAGUUGCUGCUGGGGUGCAGUAGUCACACAGAUUGUGCCAAGGAAUAAGCCAGCUUUUUGUAUCCUAGCAUGGCAAAUGAAGAAGAUGAUCCAAUUAUACAAGAGAUCGAUGUGUUCCUGGCCAGAAGUCUGCUGGAGAAGUUGUAUCUGUUUCAGUAUCCAAUUCGUCCAGCUUCCAUGACAUAUGAUGAUGUUACACAUUUAUCAGCGAAGAUAAAACCAAAGCAGCAAAAGGUUGAACUGGAAAUGGCCAUUGACACUUUGAAUCCAAACUACUGUCGCAGCAAAGGAGAACAGAUUGCUCUCAAUGUAGAUGGCACUUGUACAGAUGAAACAAGUACCUAUUCCUCGAAGCUGAUGGACAAACAAACUUUCUGCUCUUCACAAGCUGCAAGUAAUGUUUCCCGCUAUGCAGCUGCUGUUUAUAGAAAAGGUGAACUUCACCUGACUCCACUGCAUGGAAUUCUUCAGCUGAGGCCAAGUUUCACCUACUUGGACAAAGCUGAUGCAAAACACCGCGAAAGAGAAGCUGCUAAUGAAGGUGGUGAUUCAUCCCAGGAUGAAGCUGAAGAUGACGUUAAGCAAAUUACUGUACGGUUUUCCCGCCCUGAGACUGAGCAAGCUCGUCAAAGACGUGUUCAGUCUUACGAAUUCCUGCAGAAGAGACAAGCAGAAGAGCACUGGGUUCAUCUCCAUUAUUAUGGCUUGAAGGACAGCCGUUCAGAACAUGAGCGCCAGUAUUUAUUCAGCCAAGGUCACGGCCUUGCUGAGAAUACAGAAUUAAUAAAAUCUCCCAGUGAAUAUUUAAUGAUGCUGAUGCCUCCAAGCGUAGAGGAAGAGAAUAGCAAACCAGUGGCUCCAAGCAAUGUGCUUUCUAUGGCCCAGCUGAGAACUUUACCCCUUGCUGAUCAGAUCAAGAUCCUGAUGAAGAACGUGAAGGUGAUGCCAUUUGCAAACCUGAUGAGUCUGCUGGGCUCUGGGACAGAUUCUACAGCAGUUCUCCGCUGCAUACAGCAGGUGGCGAUGCUGGUCCAGGGAAACUGGGUGGUGAAGAGCGAUGUGCUCUACCCUAAAGACACUUCCAGUCCACAUAGUGGAGUCCCUGCAGAAGUGCUUUGUAGAGGGAGAGACUUUGUUAUGUGGAAGUUCACACAGGACCGCUGGGUUGUACGAAAGGAAGUGGCAGCAGUUACAAAACUUUGCCCUGAAGAUGUGAAAGACUUCCUAGAGCACAUGUCUGUGGCAAGAAUAAACAAAGGUUGGGAGUUCAUGCUCCCUUAUGAUGAAGACUUUGUUAAGAAGCAUCCAGAUAUAGUUCAGAGGCAACGUAUGCUGUGGAUGGGCAUUCAGGCCAAAUUAGAAAAAGUCUAUAAUCUUGUAAAGGAACACUUGACACCAAAGAAGCAAGAGUCACAAUCAGGCCAUCCAUUGCUGGUUUCUGGGGAGCAAAGAGUCAACAUGGCAAAAGCGAAAGUCAAGCAGAACUAUGGGCAGCUAGAGAAGGAGUUCCAGAAGCAAAAGGCAGAACUGAAAUCAAGUGACACUUCAUCCAAGAUAGAUGUUUCUAAUAUCCACAUUAAAGAGGAGCCUGUGAGUGACGAGGAGCCCAUGGACACCUCAGUGUACGAAGGCCUGAACAACGGCAUUGUCAACGGCCUCCACAUGGAGGAGGACUCCACAGACUCCUUAAAUGGCCACUUGCCUGGAGGCUGCAGCGAUCGGGUAGCCCAAGAACUGAAGGCAUUUGUGUCCUCAACGUUUAGGAAACAAUUUGUGCUCACCUUGAGUGAGCUUAAACGGUUGUUUAACCUUCAUUUAGCCAGUCUGCCUCCAGGACACAUAUUGUUCAGUGGCAUUUCAGACAAAAUGUUACAGGACAUGGUGUUAGACAUUGGCUGCAAACAGAUUUUGGUGCCUUUUCCUCCACAGACUGCUGCUUCACCAGAUGAGCUAAAGGUUUAUGCACUUUGGGAAGCCGGUGACAUUUAUGAUCAGCAUCGCCAAGUUUUGCUUGAAAUUUUUUCGAAAAAUUAUCGAGUGCGCAGAAAUGUCAUUCAGAAUCAGCUGAGUCAAGACCUCAACAAGCAGGAGGUGGAUAGAGUGCUAAAGGACUGCUGUGUGAGCUAUGGUGGAAUGUGGUAUCUUAAAGGGACUGUGCAGUCUUGACGGCAGCUGUGGCGGUUUCUGUGCUUCAGAUGUUCUCCUGGAUGAAAGAGGAAACCUGCGGUGGGCGGCACAGACAGUAAUGCUGUGGCCUCAGGAGUGUGGGGCAGGAGCUGACCUACUUUGGGGCAUGUGGCAUUGCAGACAGUCACUGACAUCACAGCACACUCACACAUAUGUUUGCAUGGCUGCCUGGGUGCAGCGAACAACUAGGAAGACAACACGGGACCCUGUCUGCAGUUUGAUUAAUCUGGGAUUUCUAAUGUAUUUUGCUUCUCCUUCUCUUUCCUUAUAAUAAAAUAAAACCAUAUACUGACACAGACAUGAUGGAAAAUCAUGGUCUAAUAUUUUAUUUUGUAAGUAAGUGAUGCCAAUAAAUUAAAUUUGUUUACAAACAUCCCAGGUUCUGUUAAAUACCUAGAUGCUCAGGCAUUAGUCUGAGCAUUACAACAGCCCUUGCCGCCUUCCUUUACAACAAGGGUAGUGAUGUUCAUGGGCACAUCAGGGCAGGGAGGGGGGAUACAAAAUCACUGUCUUUAAACAUUGUAUGACAUAGCAACUGUUCUCACCUGGUGUCUGUAAAAUGAACUGUCUGAAAAAGUACUUACACUUGAAAUAGAUGUGAAACAACUACUGGAUGUCUUAUUGAUGUGGGUUUUGGUGGAUGGAGUUUUGCCUUACUGUGUGCAAAGGUAAGUGCACCAUGUGCAAGGCAUCCAGCUGCAGUUAUCACACUUGGCAACAAUGUAAAACCUCUAUUUUGUGUAACUUUUUUAAAAAUAAAAUUUUAUCUUGAAGGUCA